UCUGGUAGGCAUAACAAACAACUUGUGUGGACGUGCUGUCAGUCGGAGAAAGAUUAAUUAAGUGUAAGCAUUUACUUUAAAAUGGUUACAACGUGUAUCGUGCAUUGUUGCCGUAACCGGUCCACGAAAGAUGCCAAAGUGGGUUUUUUUAGAAUACCAAGAGUGAAGAAGCACGAAGGAGAGGAAACGAGAGCACUCUGUGAACGCAGAAGGGCCACAUGGUUAGCCAGAAUAAACAGAAAAAACUUCAAGCCCUCGGACGGCAGCAGAGUGUGUUCUGCUCACUUCAUCCAGGGCAGACCAAGUUACCUUCAUGAUGAAACAAAUCCGGAUUGGGCCCCAUCACUAAAGUUAGGAGUAGAAGAAACCAACAUCCCUUCUAAAUUGAACAGGUAUUUGCGAUCCAAACGAAGAAGAGCUGUAAAAAAGAUGAGAGAAGAUGAAAUGCUCGUUGCAGAGACCCUUUUAGAUGUAGCCGCAGUGACACUGGCACAAGACAGUGAACAGCCAUAUAAUAACACAGAGAAGUUUGAGUUGGAGGAACGAAGAACUAAAUGUGGUUCAACGACUUGUGAGAGCUUAAACAAUGCAUGCCAGAGACUACUUGAUGAACGAUGUGCAACAAAGCAGAACACAUCAUCAUAUAAUGAUGUCAACACUGCAUCUACAUCACUAAAGUCCACAGUCACUGGAGUCAUCACUGGAGCUAAGGAGAAAAUAAAAGCUGAACUAAAACCCUUACAUGAGAAAUUGAAAUUAUUUCAGGAGUAUCAACAGAGUUUGCAUCAAACUGCAGAAUAUAUUAAGAUCCAGGCUAAACACACAGAGAAGCAGAUUAAUGGAAAGUUUGUGAAACUUUAUCAGUUUUUAUGUAAUGAAGAGGCAGCUAGAAUAAAUGCACUGAGAGAGGAAGAAAAACUAAAGAGUCAGAUGGUAAAGAAGAGGAUUGAAAAUAUGAGCAGAGAGAUUUCAUCUCUUUUAGCCACAAUCAGAACCAUGGAGGAGGAGAUGAUAGCUGAAGAUGUUUCAUUCAUACUGAACUAUGAGGCCACUAUGAAAAGAGCCCAGUGUAGACUGCUGGAUCCAGAGAACUUUUCAGGAGUGCUGAUCAAUGUGCCAAAACACCUCAGCAAUCUGCAGUUUUCUGUGUUACAGAAGAUGCAAGAAACUGUUGAACAAACUCCUGUGACUUUGGAUCCCAACACUGCUCAUUGUAAUCUUAUCCUAACUGAAGAUCUGACCAGUGUGAGAUAUAGUGAUGAGGAACAGACACUUCCUGAUAAUCCAGAGAGAUUUGAUAUGUUUGCAUGUGUUCUGGGUUCAGAGGGCUUUGACUCAGGGACUCACUGCUGGGACGUUGAGAUUGGAGACAGUACAGGAUGGUUCCUCGGUGUGAUGACAGAAUCUGCUCCAAGGAGGAAUAAAAUAUUCUCCAGGAGUGGAAUAUGGCUUGUGGGGCAUUUCUGUGGAGAAUAUAAGGCACAUAUACCACCAAAAUCACCAACUGUCCUUCCAGUGAAAGAUAAACUUCAGAGGAUCAGAGUUCAGCUUGUCUGGGACAGUGGAAAACUAACAUUCUUUGACCCUCUCAAUAACACACCCAUACAUUCUUUUACACACAGGUUUACUGAGAGAGUCUUGCCAUUUUUUGGUGUUGGCUGUAACAUUUCUCCAUUGGUGAUCUUGCCAGUUCAUUCCUCUGUAAAUGUUAAUUAGAGAUGAAAAGUCUGUAAUGCUUCACAAUCAUGUGUUAAAGAGUGUUAUUCUCAUGUGCUUUAACAUUUUUAGUAGUUCAGACAACCAAAAGAAUGUCAGAUUUUGAGAAUCUGUAGUUUUGCACAUGCUUACUAAAGUGCUCAAUUGAAAAGUCUUAAUAUGUUGAGACUACUAAAUUGUACAAAUUUAUUCAGUUGUGGUUUUCACUCACUUGAUACCUUAGGCAAUAAUUAAACUACCUGCCAAUAAAAUAGAAUAACAAAUAUGCAAAAUUAAAUAAAACGUUUUAUUUAAAUCAAACAAAGACAUCAUAAUUGUGGUCAAAUGCUUAAAAUGGCAGGGUUGCUAAAAAACAAACUAGAACCCCUGAAGGUUAGCACAACAAUUUAGAUAGAACACCCUGAUUAUAACGAUAAAGGCUGUAUGCACCAGAGGAUCAAGGUUUUGCUGGUUACCUUUUGCAGAAAACCACCUGCUGGUAGAUUUUGCAACUACGUAAUUAUGCAGGCAAAAAGAGUAUUUCUAAAUUCAGACAAAUUACACUUCUUUGUAAGCAACACGUAAAUUGCAUAAGUCUAUAUAUAGGUAAACGUUUCAUCAAUGCUUGAUUUUUUUUUUUUAUUCAUAUUUUUUUUGGAGGGCUCUUUACAAAGCGAAAUAAAUCGGUGCCGCAAUGAUGUAUGCCAUCAAAGUGCGGCGAGACCUGCCGCCCCACAAGAAGCUGCACAAGCUCUGAUAAUGACAUGACUCCUUUUAUUGGUAUAAAAAUAAAACACUGUUUAUAACAUGUCAAAUUCACACGUCUGUUUCUCUGAAUUUCAAUCGCAUCCACUUUGUCUGCAAAAAAGAAAAUAAACAUCACGCAAUCAACAAACUACGGGAAGCACAAUGUGUCCAGCAUGACCGCUGUCUUUUAAACUCAUCCCCCAACUGCAACCUGAAAAUCUCUGCAAUCAGUAAGGCAAGGCACAGUUGAACUGAUUUAAAUUUAUGGCUCAGACGUUUGGCAAAAAAAAAAACGAAUUACUGAAACUCAGUGUACAUGAAGCAAAGAUGGCUGCAUCCAGGUCACGUACUUCUGGAGCUUCAUGCACCAGUCAAGCAACUGCCAUUGAGAUGAACGACAAUGUUAAGAUAGCUA